AUGCUGAUAGGCAAGUUGGAGGAGUUUCCAUCGCUCAAAAACCCUUCUGGACAGGAAGGAAAUCCACUCAGACGCAAGAAGAGGAAGCUUAUUCUGUAUUCCCUGUACAUCUUCUCUGUAAUUGCAAUGUGCCGUCUGACCAAGACAUUCUAUUGGCUUUACACUUUAGACCUUAGUAAGUUGCAACUCAACAAAGUGGUUUAUGACACAAAGACAUGGAAGAAAAUAGAGGUGGGAAUUUCGCUUGAGAACUCGGAGUCCCCGAUUCAUGUGAAGUUUACAGAUGUAUAUGCCAAUCUAUUCAGUAUAUCACCAGAUGGAAGCGAGAAUCCUUUACUUUCACUGAGGAUUCCAAUGGCAAACAUUGCAAAGCACAAGAAUAUCCUGUUUAAUGGAGACAUAUACAUAGAAAACUUCAAUAGGAGGAAUGUGAUUGAAUCAAGAUUUUCGGUUCACUUUGGAAUCAGAAUGGAUGCACGGAUGUACCCCCGGUUGUGCUUUAUAAGAUUUCCUUUUCGUAACUCGCAAUCCUUCUCCCUGGGGAGCUCUGUCUCAAGUCCUGGGAAAGAGGUUGUGCUUAAACAGGUGUAUGCAGAAUCGAGAGAUGGAAUGCUUCUGCUAGAGUGUGAGAUAGACAACAAAAAAUUCAAUGUCCCGAAGUUUGUUGCGAUCCGGAGCCGUGGGGUUGUGAUUAACUUUGGAGGGAAGGGCAACCCAAGGAUUGUAAACGUCGGACCUGUGGAGGUGGAUGGAUCCAUAUUCCUGACUCCCUUGAUUAUAAGGAUCAGCAUCACCCCUGAAUGGGGAGAAGAGCUUAAGGAAAAUCUCAUCAAGGGACUUAAUGGAGAAGAGGUAAGCAUCAAGGUGAAGGGCUUCUACUUUAAGGGAGACGACGAAAACCCGUCGGAAAAAUGGAUUGGCCUCGGACUUAGUAUUGGGUUCAAUACCAGAAGCUUUCGAAGCCAUGACAUAGCGUUUAAGAACAGGAAGAAGAAAUGCCCUAUUCUUAAGAAGCCAUUGGUAAUUCUAAAGAACGGCAUAUUGGAAGACCUUCCAGGGUUCCGUGCAUUUAUUCGAAAGGAAAUCUUUCCGUUCAUCGAGAGCCACAGCAUCCUAGUGAUGCGCUCGAACAUGUUCUUCGGGGACAUCUAUUUCAACAAAUUCCUGAUUGGAAGGAUCAAAAUCUUCAUUGAUAACGGAGACGAGUAUUUUGUGGUGACAUGCAUGCUUUCUGAAUUUGAUUCUGAGGAGCUUCUGAAGGCCUUCAGAUCGUCGAAUGAAAAGGAAGUGAAGAUUGUCUUUGGUUCUUCCAACGGCCUGAUGGUUCUUGUAAAUGACAUUGAGCUUGUGUGGAAUCUAUCUAAAGGACUGUUGUAUCUUUUUUACAAGAACCACGAGUACAACAUUUUGUCCUCCCAAAAGGAUUUGAAUGUAAUUGAUGUCUUACAUACUGUUUCAAGUGGUUUAUCAUCCCUCCGGAUCGAUACCCUGGCCAGGUUUUCUCCAGGGAGGAAGAGCUCCUUUACAACCUUCCAACUGAAGCUUGUUGGAUUCGACUUUUCCUUUUCCAAUGCGGGAAUAAAUGCGAAAUUCUCUGUGGAGGACACCAACAUAAUAUACCAGAACAGUGAAGAGCCGUUGAACAGAAGGAUCUUUGGGGAGUUUUUGAUGCAUACAAACAUCAGCGACUCACUGAAAAGCAUACUUGAGAAGUUAGAACACAACGGAGACUCUUCGGAGAAGGAAGAGAAGGAGGAUGGCAGAAGACUCCUCCUCAAAUACAACAAGGACAAGCCUUGCAAAAUAAGAAAGCAUUUUUUCUCUGUGCAUCUCCUGGAGGAUGAAACACCCCAGUACUCUGGAGUAGUCAUACGAAAUGUUAUUAGAAUACCAUGCGACACAAGGUUCAAUCUGACAGCCUACACAAAGAACCUAAACCUGAAGAGGGCCAAGCCAGUUGUUGUAAACUUUGGGUAUACCAAGAUCUGCUAUUUGUUGAUGAAAGGUGGAUCACGGAUAGAGCUUGGGAAUGGGAUAGACUUUUCGGUGUCUUUUUCGAACCUACAUGACCUCGUAGCGUUAGGAGCGAAUAAUGUAGCUGUUGUUUGUGAUGAGGGGGAUUAUGUAGCAAGAGCAAUCAAGGACAUACUUGCUUGGAUCACAAGAAGAGACGAUGAGGAUGGUGUUAAAAAGCAGAUAUGUCCUAAAGACAUGGUGUUUAAGUCUAAGUUAAAGAGGUUGAAGGACUGGGCUCUGAGCACCGGGCGUGUAUAUGAAGGAAUCACAGAGAUAUCCAUUCCCAUUGAGAUGUUCAAUUCUACAAACAUUGAAUUCGAUAUUCCAAACGUUGGAUUUAUGGUCUUGGAAGAGGAGAACAAGAGCACACCCUAUAGGGGGUUUGGGUCCAUAGAAAUCUUGCCCAGCAUCCAAUACAUGUUUGAGGGCCAUAUAUACAAAUCUUUUGGAGUGCUAUACAGAUUUUCCGAGAUUUCCUCAAACAAUACUUUGUUAAACAUGCAUCUUAUUGUCGAGGAUAAGAUAUACGAAUCGGAGAUAAUAAAUUACGACUCAUACAGAAGAGUGAUGGGGGAUGUAAGGGAUGAGAUGUUCAAAAAGGAUGACAAGAAGGAAAAGAAGGGAAUGUCUGUUGAGAUCUCCAGCUCAACCAACUUUAGGAUACAGAGGAUUGGGAAGACUAUCUCUUCCGAGGGAGACACCUGGUUUGUGAAGAUUGUUAACAAUAAUCUGAGAGACUUCUUGUUUUUGGGGAUUCCUAAUCUUCUUUUGAAGUCUUUCUAUGGGGUUAUACCGUCAGGAAUAAGGUUUGAGAUUGACAUGGACAAAAAUGCCAUGGGGCUUUACAUAGGGUCACGAGAAACAAAUCCUUGGGAAAUCCAAGGAGAGAGGAAGGAAGACGGAUUCUAUGACAUUCUCGACGUUAGACUCUCCAGAAUCUUGUUCUCCGACAUGAUCAAAUACAAUUUCGAGGUCGUGGAGAAGUAUUCUAAUGGGAAGAAAAUCACAAUAGUGAAAAGUCCAUACCACAACUCUUUCGAAGAUACAUCAGAGUAUAAGGAUUGGAACCUCAGCAGCAAGUUUGAAUUAGAAGGAACUAUCCCAAACCAGGGGGGCGUAUGGAUUACCAAGUUAAAGUUCAGUAUACCAAUUGCAUUUGCUUUUGCAAGUCUCUUCCCCGGAAAUGGUCCCUAUUCUCCCAAGAUGAAUGCCUUAGGAAUGUACCUGGAGUUUUUCCUUCCGUUUGACCUCUUUAUUAAAUCUUCGGAGCUCCCGGCCGAGAUUGUGCUUGUUUCAAAAUCCAAUGACAGGGAGCUCUGUAGACUUGGGUUUGGGAUGGCAGCAAAGAGGCCAAACGUGUUUUUUAUGAGUAUCUCUGUCCCGCCAAAGUCGUACAUACUAAGUCUUAAAAAUGUUUUAGAGCGCUAUAGAAUUAGGAGGAAGUAUAAGAAUGACAUCAACCUUCCUAAGAUCCAGCAGGAUGUAUCGAUAUCAGUCUCUGUUAAUGGAGUUGAGGUCUUCAAGGUCCUCAAUAGAAUAUUAAUAGAUGCUUAUGAAUUUAGCGGUUUCAUACACACAUUGGCUUUCCUCGAAAAACGCCUGGUAAAGCUCACAGGCUUCAUGGCAAAGAGGAUUCAAGUAGGGCUUCAAGAAAAGAAAAAGAAACAACCUCCAGCAUUGGAGGGCCAUUAG